AUGUCUGAAUUUUCAUUGGCUUGCAAGAAGAAAAAUGAUGAAGAUCAUGAAGUGUCAAGUCUUUUGGUGCCCGAUUUUAUCCUCUUUUGCUCUUCCAUUUUCUCUCACCCUCUCUAUUUCUCUUAUUUCAUCUUCUUCUCUCCUUAUUUCGUCAAGCUUCUCUCUUUUCUUUCGCCUCUCUUCUUUACCACUACCCUUUUGGUUCUUACCUUGUUCAUCCUUGACCAAUCAGAUGCCUCCAUUUGCCACCUCGAAUCCAAGCUACUAACUUCCCUACUUACUGCAUACCAAACACUAGUUGAAACAUUAAGGUGUGAAGUUGAGGAUGAAAGUGAUGGGUUUGGGUGCUUGGAACCGCUCGAAGCUUAUAAGAUAGUGUUUGAAACGUCAAACCCUCUUCAAGUUUGUCCGGAUAUGGAGUCCAAAGAAGCUCCCAGUGACAAGGGUUUAGAUUCAAAACCAGCUCCCGAAACUAAUCAGGUAAAGGCUGUAGUGAAGAUCUUUGAAGAUUUCUUGCAAGAGAAGGAAAGGGUUGAAAAUUGUUGGUGGAAAAAGAGAGAUAGACAAGUGGAGUCCAAGGCCAUGUGGCAUAAAGCAGCAGUGAGUGGUGGUGGUAAUCCCCAAAGAGUGAAAGCUGAGAAUACUGGUGGGUAUUAUUAUGAUUACAAUUCAGAAGCAAAGGAGUGGAAGAAGACAUUGGCAUGGAAGCUAUUAGAGGAGAGACGGUCAGACAAAGUGGAGGGAGAUGAAGGGAUGGAUUUGCUUUGGGAAACAUAUGAAACCGAGUCCAAUCUCAAAAGCAACUCAAAGAAAGGGAAGAAAGGUGGGAAUGAGGGCUAUGAUAUGGAUAGGUAUGAGUAUGAGUAUGGGUAUGGGUAUGAGGAAGAGUCGGUACCUCAGUUAUGCUGCUUACAUGCUCUUAAGUUCUCUGCUGGGAAGAUGAAUUUGGGGAUGGCCAGGUCUAAUAUUGUUAAGAUCUCUAAGGCUCUCAAAGGCUUCGGAUGGUUGCACCAUCUUGGCAACAAGCAUGGCAAGAAAGGUACCCUCUGA